ACAUAUACCAACUCACAUUAUGUUGAUAAAAUCUUUACAAUAUUUAUAUAUUUAUAAUUAAAUUUAUUUUUUAUUCAUAUUAAUACUGAGAAAAAAAAUAAAAAAAUAGAAAUCUCAUGAGCACACGUGACAACAUAUUGAUGUAUUUUAGAACUAAUAACAGCCGGUUGAGUCAUGACUUUAGUUACUCGUUACCUGGUUUAACCUCCGGUUUGACUUGAAAGCAUUGAAUAAAAUGAUUCUUCUUCUACAACAGAAAACCCCAUUAUGAUUUCCAACAGAAACUCCAAUCCCACAAUGAGCAUGUCAAUGUAAAUUUGUUUCUCGUGUUUGGGUUUUGUUUUGUCUUUCCCAGCGUGUUCCUUAAUUAUAUUGGUUUUGGACUGUGUACACCAACUGUUCGAGGAUUUGUCUCAAGAAAGCAGUGUCUUUUUAUAUUACUUGAGAAUGAAAACAAGAUCCAUAUUAAGGUUGUCGUCUUCAACAAUUUCAUGUAAAAGGCCUGAUUCUAUGUUUGUUUCAGUGAGGCAAAUAUCAACCGGAGGAAAGAGGCCAAAGAAGAAAAUAUACCACAGAGACUAUCAACUUGACAAAGUCAUGGACUUGCAAAAGAAACCAUCUUUAAUUCUGCAAUUGAAGUCCGUUAUCCAAUCCCAAAACCAACAAUGCCUCCUUCUGCGCGACCUUGAAAAGGAAGUUGGGUUUGUGGCAAAAUGGAACUUCAUGUCCGUCAUUGAGAAGUACCCUUCAAUUUUCCAUGGUGGUGGUUGUAGUGGAAAACAACUCCCUUUUGUUACGCUCACUCGAAAAGCCAAAAAGAUUGCAAGUGAAGAGAGUGAAGCAAGGAUUUUAAUGGAACCCAUUUUGGUCAAGAAUCUGAGGAAGUUGUUAAUGCUGUCAAUUGAUUGUAGGGUGCCAUUGGAAAAGGUUGAAUUCAUCGGAAGUGAACUUGGCUUGCCUAAGGAUUUUAAGAAGUCAUUGAUUUUGAAGUAUCCUGAAUAUUUUUCAAUCAAAGAUGUCAAUGGUAGAGCUUAUCUUAACUUGGAGAACUGGGAUUCUUCGCUGGCAAUAACUGCUCGUGAGGAGAGAUUCGCACGUGAAGGGGUGUUGGCAUCAGGUGGGGGUCUAAAGAGGGUUAGGAUCAUGAAAGAUGGUAACUAUCUAGGUCCAUUUGCGUUUAAGAUGUGUUUUGCUGCUGGUUUUAGACCGAACAAGAGUUAUCUUGAGGAGCUUCAGAGGUGGCAGAAAAUGGAAUUCCCUUCUCCAUACUUGAAUGCAAGGAGAUUUGAUGUUGCAGAUCCGAAAGCUCGGAAAAGGGUGGUGGCUGUGCUUCAUGAACUCCUCAGUUUGACUAUGGAGAAGCGGAUGACAUCUACACAAUUGGAUGCAUUUCAUUCAGAGUAUCUGUUACCGUCUAAAUUAGUGCUCUGUUUGAUAAAGCAUCAUGGUAUCUUUUACAUUACAAAUAAAGGUGCGAGGAGCACAGUUUUCCUUAAAGAAGCUUAUGAUGGUACAAGAUUGGUAGAUAAAUGUCCUAUGUUGAUGUUUAAUGAUAAGUUUGUUACGCUUAGUGGUAGAAAUGAGAUCAGUUCAUUUAACAGUAUGAAUUCUUCACAGGUUGUUACAUGAAAUUUGCGGCUCCAUUAAUAAUAGUGAAAAAGGGUUAUUGAGAAACUAGUUCACGUGAAAAUGUUGUGCAUAAAAUGAAGCUUCCAAACAAUUCAACCCCUAAUAUGUUUCAGCCUCCACUUAAUAUUUCAUCUUACUGAAACAUCUACCAGUGUCAUGCCUAUAUAAUGAUUUCAAACAUUUGCCAAUCCGCAGAGAAUGGAUUGUUUUUCUUAUUUGUUCAUUCUUUGUUUUGUUUGAACAUGGCCAAGAACAGGUAUAUCUAUGGAGUAAUGACAAAAUGCCUUCAUAGGAUUCCUUGAUAUACUUCUUUACUUUGGAAUUUAUGAUACUAUGAAUGAUUGGGUAUUCAUUUCAUACGGAUGUUGAGCUAAAUUUUGUAUGAUUGGGUCAUGAAAAUUCCAUGAUUUUGGAAAAUAGCUAUUCCUGGUCU